UUAGAGACAGAUUGGCAACUGAACCAUCAUCCACUGUUACUGGUAAUGGAAUAGACCUUUUUAAAUAUGUUCAAGGGGACUCAGCUGCUAGUUCAAUUGUGGGGCUGAACAAGUUGUUGUGCAAGGGGAUGGUUGGGAAGUCAUUGUUGACUUGGACAUCUCGCGGGGAGAUCUCCCAGUUCAUCCAACCAAAACGCGAUGUGCUCUCGGUCUGCCACAGAUUCGUUUGCAAUGCGUCACGUGCUGCUACAUCGUCUCAAGACAAAAUGAAAUGAUAGAAAUGGCUAACUAGCCAUGUGUCAAGCCUCCUGCAGAGCCGGAGGCCAUGCUUUCUGGCCUCAGUGCCAAGGUUGUGAGCGGGAUUGAUGGGCUGAAGGAGCUCUACGUUUUACCGCUCACCCUUUGGACAGCUUUUGCCAUUUACAUUCCGCUAGGCUUCAUCAAUGUCUCGAGCAUCAAGCUCUACUUGCCGCUGCUUCGAAGUCUGGUGGUUUGCGACACUCCUGUCAGUGAAGAGGUUUAUUCAGGCUCACUCCAUUGUGGGGAUAGAAACUUGGUGAUCUCCAUUUCCCUCCAACAAGAGGCCUGGCUGGUCGGAUUGAAACUCCUAUGUCGCAUGCUCUCGGGUCCCAUUCUUGGUGCGCUUUGCGACUACCAUGGUCGCAAGCCCGUGCUCAUGUUGAGCAUCUCCGGAAUUACUGUGGCCUCCUGGCUGAUGAUGUUGGCGUGCGAUUUAAACAGCAUUCCACCCAUGGUGAUCUUAAGCCUGGCACUUGGGCUUCAGGGCAGCACCACGGCCUUCAACCUUUGCUUCAAGUCGAUGAUCGCCGAUGUACUCGAUGGACCUUCCCGUGCCAAGGGCUUUGUCGUGUUGAACCACUGUGAUGUCUUCAGCCGAGGGAUCAGCUUAUGCUUCGUGAUUUGGAUCCAAAAGAUCCAGUUCAUGCGCUUUGACCUUCUUUGUAUGGCCGCUGGGAUUCUGGGUCUCUUCAUCUUGGCCUUUUGCCACUUUGCCUUAGAGGAGACCUUCAAUGGAUGUGGCAAUGGCGAUUCUACCCCACAGGCCAAGGCCUUGGCUGGCUUUGGUGGCUUGCGGCAUUUUCUGAAAGAGCUGCAGGCGCCAUACCAGCUCUUGUGGAGCUCCAGGUUUUUGCAAAUCCGCUUGGCCCAGAUGCUCUUAGGGCAACUGGGAAAUGGCUGGGAAUCGAUUCAGGAUUCCUUCAUGAUUUCGAGCUUGGGCUGGGGACCAGGGGACUGGGACCUCUUCAACGUCCCCAUCAGCAGCUUCCGAGAAGUCUGGGGAAUGCUGACAAGUGGACUCAUGGUGCAAUGGAUGCUACAACCUGGCAACAGCUACUGGUAUAUCCAGAUGAGCUUGAGUUUUGGAUCAGCUAUGUUGAUCAUCCAGAAUUUUGCACCUUAUAGUGCUCUUUUCUUGUUGGUGCCAAGGUGUUUUUUGGCCUUGUGUCCUGGUGAUGGCGGUGCCGACUCGGCCUUCUUCAGCUCGCAGUUUCCACGCGAGGCGCAAGCAUCCGCGAAUGGCCUUUUGAUUGCCGUCGACAACAUCGUGUCAGGCUUCUCCCGAUGGCUGUACGCACGGUUUUUGUUUGACCCAGCCGCCAGAGGUUGGCAAGCCAUGUUGCCGCUGUCAGCACGGACGGUCUUUACCUUGCUGUCCAACGCUCUAUGCUGGUAUGCAUGGUGGAGAUACGGCCACCCCAAAGCGCCCAAGAUGAGGAAACAAGAGUAAAAAAGG